UCACAUAAGCAAACAUGUACUUGGUGCUGAUAUGUUUCUAUGUCAGCAAUGUGUUCAGUUUCUCAAACGGGAUCGCGUAUGACUCAUUUACUGGAACUACCUUAAGCAAGGAUGAAGUUGCGCAACGUAUCAAAGAUAACACAACAUUCUGGUGCAUGAAUGAAAUUGCACCCUGUGAUCCCAACGAAUGGAGACGACUUGAUGGGUCGUGCAAUAAUCUUCGAAAUCCGCUCAGAGGGGCAACUCAUACACCACUUAAUCGGAUCCUACCGCCUUCUUACGACAAAGAUUAUAAACCAAGAAAAUCGAAGACUGGUAAAUUACCUCUUGUAAGGAAACUGCGCACGACUUUGUUGUCAGACGGUCAGGUGUCAGACCAAGUAUUUACAGUACUGGCAUCAACUUACUUAAUCUUCAUCUCAUCUGACGUCUCUAACGCACAUGAUACAGUGAACUACGUAGCGUGGAAACCAUACUGCUGUACUCCCAAAGGCAAAGACGAUCCCAUGUGCGCUCCUAUAGAAGUGCCACGUGAUGACCCAGUCCAUCGCUACUCUGGCAUCCGAUGCUUGAAUCUAACGAGACCGUUGACGUUCCAAGAUUUUGGUUGUCGUCAGAAAAAUACACCUCCUGAGCGGAUACAGACUGCCACGCCUUUAUUUGACAUGUCCAUUGUGUAUGGAAACUCUUUGGAUAAAGCUCUAGAGGGAAGAAAAUUUGAAGGUGGCAUGUUGAAGUAUGAAGUGGAGGACGGCAGGGUAUGGCCACCACGAGAUAUUAAUGAAACCUGUAUCUUGAACCGCAAACCGAAAGAAACGAGAUGCCAUAAGACACCGUCUGUCGAAGUUAACUCAAUAAUUACGAUCAAUAUGAUGGCUGUUUGGUUUUGGAGAAAUCAUAACUAUAUAGCAAAUAGAUUGGCCAAACUAAACCCUUGUUGGGAUGAUGAGAAACUAUUCUACACUGCAAGAGACAUCAACAUUGCUAUUGAAAUGCAAAUCUUCUUAUAUGAGCUGUUACCUUUGAUGGCAGGAUAUGAAAAUCUCAUUAAAGAUGGCGUGAUAGUUUACAAUGGGUUCAGAGAUAUCUACAAUGAAGCAAUCAUACCACAGAUGUCAAUGGAGCUCCCAUUAGCUCUGCGGUGGGCACAUACUAUGCAAGAAGGAACUUUUAAGAUGUAUAAUCCUCAAGGUGAAUACGUGAAACAGGUGCCCGUGGUCGAUCUUACAGUAAGAACAGGUUUCCUAGCAGUAGACAAUAACAUGGAUUACUUAACUCAAGGAGCGUUUAGACAACCUAGCGCUAAGGCUGGAGACAAUAUUGUCGAUCCUGAUAUGGCCGAAAGAGUUGUAGGAUACGCUCAACCGUCACAAGAUGUAUUUUCAAAUGACUUGGCGAAAAAUCGUCUCAUGUUUAUGCAACCUUACAUCAAAUACAUAGAGCACUUCUAUGGAAAGGAAAUUACUGGCUUUGAAGACUUAGCUGAUUUCUUUCAACCAGAGGCUUUGGAGAAGUUAUCAAAUAUCUAUGACUCUGUAGAAGAUAUAGAUCUUCUAGCAGCUAUGUGGGUAGAGAAGCCGAUACCUGGCGGCUACGUACCUCGUAUAUUUUACUCCAUACUCGCUGAACAGUUGCUACGAACUAUAAAAUCUGACAGGCAUUGGUAUGAAAGACCUAACAGACCACAUGCGUUUACUUUUGAACAACUGCAAGAAAUAAGGAAGAUGACGGUAGCGAGAUUCUUGUGUGACGUCGGUGACACUGUGACGCAAAUACAGCCGAGAGCUUUCCAGAGAAUUGGACCUGGAAAUGACUUAGUGAGCUGUGACCUCAUCCCAGACAUGCAUAUAACAGCAUGGAAGGACAACAGUUGUAGCGAGAACUGGAAUUUCCUCCGCCCUAAUUAGUAGUGUUUAUUUCAAAUGUGUGUAAUGAAUAACAAUUGAUAUUAAAUGUAUUUUCUGUGC